AACGUCUCAGAAGAGGUGAUUCCCUGCUUUUGACGUUCUGAAAAAUUUGGGGUAAAACAGACUGACCUAUGUUUGCAUCCAUAUGACGCUGUAAAAAAUCUUCAACGUUUUCCAUUUCUUUAGGUAAGAAAUAUAGUUAAAUGUAUCAUGAAUUCCAGGUUCCAAUGUCAUUUUGAAUUCCUAUGAGUGAGUUCACAUCUUUUACAGCUAAAAUUGUAUCUGUAAAUUAUAAACGUUUUAGGACAAUGAGACACGGAUUUAUAGAAGGAGAAUACAUACGGUGCUACAACAAGUGUAUGAUGUAUGUCGUUGAUACUUCACAUGCAUGAUGUGCUUGUGAGCGUUUCAGUGACAACAUGCUGCCCUGUGGUCAUAUUCUGUAUGCACAUUCCAAAGAUCUAAUUCGUGGAGACUUAUUGCGACAUAGCAGCCGGUGGAAAUGGAAAUACAUAAUGGACUUGGUUCUUCGUGCGCUGGACAACAUGUCAUUCUCUACAGGGAGUGUUGAUCUGCUAGAGAAGUUCACUAACAACUACCACUCAGUUCAUGCUCUUAGUGAACCUUUGGCAAGUAAACUCAUCCGUUCAUGCCUCGAAGCAUCGGAAGACAUAUGCGCACAAUUGAUGAGUUCAGUCGGUGCUAACGAUGAAGCUACAGCGUCAGAAUCCAUUGUUAAUACAGACCAUAGCUAUGCUUCUUGCUAACAAGAAGUUCUAAUAUUGUAAUCUUUUUAGUUUUACAUAAAUUCAUUUAUAUGGCCA